AAGUCUAGGACGUCUAUGGGAAUGAAGAGGAGCACUCGAUAAGGUACAAAACUAUGUCUUGGGUGAAAUGUGGUGUGGUUAUGAUUGCAGAAACUAUUGCUUUGGGGGUAUUAUCGUUACCUAGUGUGCUUUUAACUGUUGGUAUGUUACCUGGUAUUUUGCUCAUUAUUGGUUUGGGUGUUAUUGCUACGUAUACUGGCUAUAACUUGGGCCUUUUUCGUCUGAACCACCCUACAGUUUGUAAUAUGGCAGAUGCUGGUGAGAUAUUAUGGGGACCAUUUGGAAAAUAUCUUCUUGGUGCUGGUCAAGUUAUAUUUUUAGUCUUUAUAUGUGGUUCACACUGUUUGACUGGAGCUAUUGCAAUGAACACUUUGACGGACAAUGCGACUUGUAAAGUUGUAUGGGCUCUUAUCACUGGUGUUGUUGCGUUCUUUUUAACUCUUCCUCGUACACUUGACCGCAUUAGUUAUUUGAGUUUUGUUUCUUCUGCCAGUAUUCUUACUUCAGUUUUUAUUACAAUAAUUGGAACUGGUGUUGAAAGUGCUCCAAAUGGAGCUCCAGCUAACCCACACAUUAUAGUGAAUACAACUACUCCUGCUAGUUUUUACAAUGCCUUUUCAGCAGUUACUGAUAUUAUUUUCGCCUAUGCAGGUCACUUGGCAUUCUUUAAUUUUAUUUCUGAGAUGAAGAAUCCUCGUGAAUAUCCAAAGUCAUUGUAUCUUUUGCAAGCAGUUGAUAUUACAAUAUACACCCUUGCUGGUGCAUUGGUUUACAAGUUUACUGGACAAUACACCUUGUCACCUUCUAUAUCUAGUAUGAGUAUUACUCUUCGAAAGGUUACAUAUGGAAUUGCUAUUCCUACUAUUCUUGUUGCUGGUGUCAUCAAUGGACAUGUUGCUGCCAAGUUUAUAUUUACUCGAGUAUUUCGUGGUUCUCGUCAUUUGCAUGAGCAUACUUUGAUAGGAUGGGGUACAUGGGUUGGUCUUUGUGCUUUAGCAUGGAUUAUUGCAUGGAUAAUAUCUCAAGUUAUUCCUGUUUUCAAUGAUCUUCUUGGUUUAGUAGCAUCAUUAUUUGCUUCACAGUUUACAUAUGGUUUGACUGGCUAUUUUUGGUUGUUUGACAACUAUGGCAAAUGGCGAAAGCGUCCCAUUUUGGCGAUUAUUAAUGCUUUAGUCUUUGCCUUGGGCUUAACUAUUCUUGGCCUUGGUAUGUAUGCCUCUGUGAAGAGUAUUAUCGUUUCCUAUCAAACUGGUCAAGCAAGUACUCCUUUCAGUUGCUCUUAAACUAUAGAGCUCUUUUGCAAGUUUGCAUGAAAUUAAAGUUGAGUUGCUUUAC